GCUCCCUUUCCUAAACUUUUUUUCCCUGUCGGUCUGUGCCAAGUUCCCCCACCAAGCAUUCGAGGCGUCAAGAUCUCUGCAUUUGGGGAUGUCCGACCCGAGUUGGGGCGAAGCGAGGCAGAAGAGGAGGGAAUAAACCGGCUUUAGUUUUCUGGUCGUCUUGGGUUGGUCUGAGAAAGGGCAGCCAUGGAGCCUGAUGAAGAUGUAAGUGAACAUUUAAAAAUGCAGUUUAAGGCUCUCCAAGAGCAGCAGCAGAAGAGGAUGCAAAAUCUCAUGGAGAAGAAAAAAGACAGUCAACACAGCCUCAAACAAAACAACAAGGAAAAUCAGGAUGAGGGCUUUGGAAUCCCAGACGCUCUCAACUUGUCGUUCUUGGCCACCGAGAUGUCAGAGGCCGACGUUGGUAAAAAAUUGCUUGAAAAUGAAAACGAACAGCUCCAGCAACAGCUUCGGGAGCUGGUGGAUGAGAACGGCAGGCUGUACAAGCUGUUGAAGGAAAAGGAUUUUGAAAUCAAGCAGCUUCAUAAGAAGAUAGAGGAAGAAAGGUUGGCUCUCAUGGGGACCUCUGGCUUAUCCGGGGACGUGGCGGCUGCCAAAAUUGUAGAACUGGCCAAACAGAACCGACACAUUACGGCAGAGAUGGAAAGGGAGAAGACCAAAGCUAAACAGCUGAACAACAGGAUCAAACAGUUGGAAAAAGAACUACAAAUGUCGACGGUUAAGCUCCAAUCCCACGGCGACAACCUGGCUUCUCGUAAAAAGACAGACGCCCCCAUGAGCCCAGAAAUGAAAGCUUUGCAAGAAAAAUUAUCAGCUGCCAAUCUCAAAGUGUCUGAAUAUCGCAACCAGCUCCAGGCCACAAAGCAGGAGCUCAAGAUGACGUACAAGCUUAUAGCAAAUGAAGUGGGAGAAGACAUCAACGUUCAAGGUCUUUUGUCUACCCCAGGCAGCUGGCGGGGACGGGCCCAGCAAAUUCUCGUCCUGCAAGGCAAAGUACGGGAGUUAGAAACCCAGCUGAAUCGUAGCAAAAGCAGGUUAUCCGACAACGAUGCCAACGAAGAACCGUUAAGCUUCGCCGACUCGAGGAAGUCGUCAGUCCAAGCGAAGAACCAGCUGCGGAUUCGAAGCUUGGAAAGGGAAAAGAAAGAAGCUUUGGAAAAGCUUAUGAAUCAGCACCAGGUCCUCCAGAAGGAUCAUGAGGACGUGAAGAAGAAGUUGGAUGGGUCCAAAGCGAGGAACAAAGUCUUGUCCAGUGAGGUGAAAACUUUAAAGGAGCAGAUCUCAACCCUGCUGGACAAGGGGAAACACGACGACGAACUCGUUGACGCUUUACUGAGCCAGCAGAAAGAAAUGCAGAUCAUCUUAAAGAACUUGAGCCAGCAGGAAGAGAGGAAUGUGGAAUGUCACCAGACCCUGGGGAAGCAGUUGAACGUCGAGGUCCAGAAGCAAAGCUGCCUCAUUGAACAGCUCAAGCAGAUGGUGGCAGACCGGGAGGUGCAGGUGAAGCAGCUGGAGGAGAUAGUCAGACAGCUCAAGUUGCAGCAGCAGCAGCAGCAGCAUUCCCAACCAGAGGAAAGUGGUUCGGAUUCUGUCUCCACGUUGUCUACAGAGUCCUUAGAAGAGGAAAAUUGCCCUUUCGCAUCCAAGAGGGAAGACUAUAUGGGGAGUAACAACUUUGCACGGACAGUGUCGAAGAUGGGACACACCCUUGUGGAUUCUGCAGCGACUUUAUUUCCAAGUGUUCCCUCUCCUGGGAGGGCGUCGGAGCCUAACGAACUCAACAUCGGGACCCUGAAGAUGCAGAUCACAGAAUACAAAACUCUCUGUCAGGCUGCAGAAGUGGAACGAGAUCGUCUGAUAGAGCUGGUCAGCAUGCUGCAGAAAAGGGUGGACGAGAGCAUCACAAAGGUUUGGGAGGCGGAGAAGAAGUUUCAAGAGCAGCAACGCAAGUAUGUCGCUCUAGAGCAGCAGUUUGCAAAGCUGAAGAUGGAGACAGGGAAGCCGGGCGGGGCCUCCAAAGCUUACUCCAAGAACAAAGCAGGUCUUGUCUCAACGGCUCAGCCCCCCAGCAGUACCAGAAUGAGCUGGAAUGCAGGGGAUAAGAAAGAUCUCCCAUCCAUGCAACUCUCCGAAGUCCCUCUAGAGUCUCAGUUAGAGGAGCUAUCCACACAGCUUGCAAUCCAGGUGGAUGAGAACGAAGGCCUGAAGAACGCUUUGCAAGACACCGUCAGGAUCAAGGAGGAAGACUUCCGGGUGUACCAGGACACCGUGGGACAGGAGGGAGUGAGAAACACAGCAGACCUUGGUCCUGUUGAAGAAGCGGGUGGUGCUGUAGCAGGAUCUCCCCAGCUAGAGAAACCCAGGGGCCAGCUCUUCUCAUCCAUCUUGAUGUACACGUGGCCAUCUUUGAUGGAUCUCUAGCCUGGCACCCUCUCUGAACGAGGCUGGAAGGGUUUGCUUGGGUAGAAACAACUGGAUCAGCUUGGUGUCCCUGCCAAACAAAACCUGUUUUUAACUUCCAAAAUGUAAAUACAGACACUGUUUUUGUCACUUGGCAAGACCAGGACGAGGUAGAAGGUCUCUCUUAUUUCCUCAAAUGACACGAUACGUUGCAAUUCCUUCUUUGCUCCUGUGCUUGAAUUGUAGGGAAGGCAGUGAGUUACUUGUUCUUCCUUGGCCAUGUGUCCGCGAGGGUGCCUGUACACUUCUCGUGCCAUUCCUUCUUCUCUCCCCAAACUUACUUUGCCCCUGUUGGCUUCCUUGUUGACUCGGUGCUUCUCUCAGAAGUUUCUCCUUGUCAAGUGGCUUGGGGGCUCCGAUUAAUUUAGAAAACAUUUAUCCAAAAGGAAUUCAGCUUGAGUUUAAGAUGAUUUGCUGUCCGGUAGCCAUGAAAGGAAAAGUAGGCAGAAAUAUAUAUAAUAUAUAAACACAGAGGAGAAUCUAGGGAAAUGCCCAAAUUCCCCACCUGGUCACGUUAUAGUUGCCAGUCCAGCUUGAAACCAGCCCUGGAGACUCCCUCCAACUCAUUAAAACUGUGCCUUGGGUCAGAGUUCAGCCUCUUUUUACUGACGGUCGUAUGUCUGUAACCUGCCAGAAGCCAUAUUCUCAAACAAGGGAGAGUUGGUAAAAAAAAUUGAAUGAAUAACUUUAGGCAGUCCUUGAGUUACCUAAGCCCUGACUUUACACAUGAGAUGCAAAAACCAGGGCUGACGCUUUGCACAAAUAUGCACACACCCAGAGAGCAGAGGAUCUAAUGCAGUGUUUCUCAAC